AUGUCACUAUCGGCUUGGAAACUUGACUACACUUACUCUUCGAAGAAUUGUCGUACUGCGGACAGUAAUUUUAACCCGCCAGGCUUCUACUCGACAGCUGCCACCGUUCAACAUAGCGCCGAAGCCGAUCGAUCCGCUGAUCAACACGAGCAUCUGGCACGAAAACGAGUAUGGGACACUGCAAUGGGACCAGCUAAAUCUCUGCCGAUGAACAUGUUCAUGAUGUAUAUGGCCGGAGGCGGUGUGUCGAUUUUCCCAAUUAUGAUGGUCGGAAUGAUGGUGUUUAGGCCGCUGAAAGCAUUAUUCGCAGUCAAUUCCACAUUCAAACCGCUUGAGAGCCCUGCAACUGGAUCAAUGUUUAUUCACAAGCUCAUCUUCUGCCUUGGAAACCUCGGAGCAAUCGGUCUUGCCAUCUAUAAAGUACAUACAAUGGGUCUUCUACCGAAUACUCCAUCAGAUUGGCUCGAAUUCAUUCCUCAACCGGGUCGUGCUCAGUAUUCAAUAAUCGACGAAGUAUUCAUCUGAAUCUCCGAACGAAUCUAGUCAAUUUCCAUUCCCAAUCUUUCCUCCAAACUUGCGUGAUCUUUUCCAUAUUUGAUUGCAGAAUAAUUAAUAAGGAUAGUAUAUAAUUUAUAUCAUUUUUUCCAUUAUGCUUCGUUCCCCCAUUUCAUUGUACUUCGAAAGUCCCCAAAUACAUAAUUAUUUUCU